AUGGUUUUAUCAGAGUCAUAUCCGAAUUCUGUGGUUGCAGAAAUCGGACAAGAUAUAUCACGAGAAUUAAGUAUCGGAAUGGCAUUAAUAUACCCCAUAAGUAUAAUAUAUUCUAUACCAGCUCUCAGAUUUAGAUUGAGACCUCCAGAUGGAGUAACACGAAGCCAAAAAUCAAAUAAACAUAUUAUUGAUUCAAUUGGCAUUUUUAUAUUGAUUGCACCUUUUGCAACAUUAUUUCCAUUUGCUUGUCUAACUGGUUAUUGGGCAGAUGUAGACUAUUCUUUGGCAUUAUUAUUUGUACAAGUUCAUUAUAUAAUUUUGGUCAUAUGGGCCUUAACUUUCUUAGGCUCUGUAAUAUAUUUUUGGUGUAGAUUAAUUCUUAUAAUACGGAAUCGCAUUGUCGACUUGAGAAAAAAAGAAAGUAGUGGAAGAUCGAAUAUUGAAUUGAACGUUUCAACUUUACAGAGAGCAGCCAGAAAUGUAUGUAUUAUAUUUCAUGAGAUUAUGCAAUGA